AGUGACCACAUUAAGCCGUGAUAAAGAAAGUCCUGUGGAGAAAGACACGGACUAUCCAGGUCAAGAUGUGGGGCACCUCUAGGACAGACAGUUUUAUUUGCAAAGGCUGGAGUUUGAGUGAGGGUCUCCUCUGCUUGUCUGCUGAUGUCUGCAGCUCUGUGAAAGGAUCCUCUGAUGAAGAGUUGUGCAGUGACGUGGAGCAGCUGCAGCCUCCUCAGCUCUCACAUGGCUCCUGCUUGUGUUCAGCUCUUGUUGGCUGCCACCCUGUGGACGAUGCCUCACAUUGAGGCCGCUGCUGCUGUGCUGGCGAGCUCCACAGACCUUCUCAAAAUAACUGAGACACAGACGGACUUAAAGGUAGAAGCCGGAGCUGUGGGUGCUCCUCUCAGGAGACGUAAACGGGCCUUAACGUCACGAGAGAUCAACGCUCUGCUUGAUUAUCACAACAGAGUCCGCUCUCAGGUUUUCCCCCCUGCAGCCAACAUGGAGUUCAUGCUGUGGGAUGAGGGACUUGCCAAGUCCGCUGACUCUUGGGCCUCACGGUGCAUCUGGGAUCAUGGUCCGACACAGGCGAUGAAAUAUAUCGGACAAAACCUGUCAAUCACCUCAGGAAGGUACCAGUCCAUCACUGAUCUGAUGCAGUCAUGGUAUAAUGAGAGGAAUCACUUCUCUUACCCAAACCGAUGCUCCGGGUCUGUGUGCUCUCACUACACUCAGAUGGUGUGGGCGAGCACUAACAGAGUGGGAUGUGCUGUCAGAAAGUGCUCCAACAUGUUUGUGUUUGGGAAAAUCUGGAAGGAGGCGACACUGCUAGUCUGCAACUACUCCAUAAAAGGAAACUGGGUUGGAGAGGCUCCUUAUAAGAGCGGGAGGCCUUGUUCUGUCUGUCCAUCGAGCUACGGGGGUUCCUGCUGGAGAAACCAGUGUUCACCAAACACAAAAUACAAAAAACAUACAACAUUUUAACAACAAAACACCAUGUUCAAAUAGCUUUAUUUAUGAGAGAAAUAACUUUUUUUUCUAAGAAGAGGAAGAUACUGUUUUAAUCCCUAAAGGGGAAAUUCCGUUCUGUCUCUUCAGGCUGAAAUAGCUGAAUGGGCUAAUGGGGAGAAGCUGGAGUGAAGGGCUGCUUCCCAUGAAGGGGGGCCGUCUGAAUAGUUUGGAGUUUUGUGGCCUGCUAAAGGGAACCUUGGAAGUAGCCAUGAAGUGGACUGGCUCCUCUCCAGCUAAUAGACCAAUUAGCAGACCAAGACUCAAACCAGCAACCCCCAAGAUCCUAACCCAAGUCCUUACAGAGCUACUGCUAACCAAGGAAGGUCCUAAUGAUGUGAUGUCAAUUUUAGCAAACACGCUGUAUAACAAAGUGAUGAGUCCAGUUACCACUAUAUUGAAGGAAAUUUUUAUUAUGCUAAGUUUUAUGACUGUUGAUUUUCUAUAUAUCCCUAAAAGUCAUAUUUG